GCUGAAUUUUGGUGUGCAUGGACUCUGCUCUAGCUCAAAUAUCGCGGUUGGCUUCGUGGGGUGCAGCAGCUAUGCCAGGCUGCGAUGAUGUGGUGCCAAGACCUCCGGAGCAUGUCAAAUGCAAAAAUUUUGGAUGUAACAAGAAAUUUGAUCCCAGAUAUCCAGAUCAAACAAAGUGCAUUCAUCACAGACUCCCACCAGUCUUCCACGAGACAGCCAAGUACUGGGCAUGUUGCCCUGACAAGAAGGCAUAUGACUGGGACGAGUUUAUGAAGAUUCCGGGAUGUCAACAAGGUCACUGCAGCAACGUCUCCAAGGACAAGAAGUUCUUAGGUGGGGCGGACCUGCGUGCAGAGAACGCUCCCAAGCGCCUUGACGAUGAUGUUCCCGUGGAUCCACGAAAGAAGCUCGAUAAACUUCGGGAAGGUCUCGUCAGUAUCGGAGUUGGUCCUGAUGAUUUCGACCGUGCCUGGGGCCGCCUUGGCGCCAAGCUCGGGGACCUAAAUCUGGUCGUUCAGCAGAUGAACCAACUCUUCACAGAAGUGCUGCAAAAUGCGGACUCGGACGAGGUGAAUAUGCCCGACUAAACUAACGCCCGACUAAACUGACGCUG